AUGAAAGUGGUAAAGUUUCCAUGGUUGGCUCACCGUGAAGAAUCGCGAAAAUAUGAAAUAUACACAGUCGAUGUUAGCCACGAUGGGAAAAGGUUGGCCACAGGCGGCCUAGAUGGCAAGAUUAGGAUAUGGUCCAUAGAUUCCAUUUUGCGUUGCAUGGAACUAGAAUCUCUAACUCCUGAGAUACCUCUUCCGCAAGACUUGCAGAUGCCGUUAUGUAGCAUGAGUAGGCAUACCGGCUCGAUAACAUGUGUCAAAUUCUCACCGGAUGGAAAGUACCUUGCAAGUGGAUCCGAUGAUCGAAUUUUACUGAUAUGGGCUCUUGACGAGGAGCAAAGCUCACAACCCGCCUUUGGUUCUGAGCAUGAGAGAGAGCAUUGGACAGUUCGUAAAAGAUUGGUUGCACACGAUAACGACAUACAAGACAUUUGCUGGGCGCCAGACUCCAGCAUACUAGUGACAGUUGGUUUAGAUAGAUCUGUCAUAGUCUGGAACGGUUCUACAUUUGAAAAACUGAAGAGAUUUGACGUACAUCAAUCACUUGUUAAGGGCGUUGUUUUUGAUCCCGCUAAUAAGUAUUUUGCGACUACAUCUGAUGAUAGAACCAUGAAGAUAUUUAGAUAUCACAAGACGGGGGAUAUUUCUUUUACAAUAGAGCAUAUAAUCACCGAGCCAUUCAAAGAAUCACCCUUGACUACUUAUUUUAGAAGGCCAUCGUGGUCUCCCGAUGGGCAACAUAUUGCAGUUCCGAACGCCACUAAUGGGCCCGUAAGUUCUGUGGCAAUUGUAAAUAGAGGAACUUGGGAUACAAAUGUUAGUUUAAUUGGUCAUGAUGCACCUACAGAAGUCGCAAGGUUUAAUCCUAGAUUGUUUGAGAGAAAUGCGGGUGUCAAGCAAAAAAAAGACGAUGACCCAGAAAAUGCUCUAGUGGGGCAAAACGAUGAUAAAGUUCACCAUUUUGAUAAAAACAUCGACUCUGUUGUGGCAACAGCUGGGCAAGAUAAAUCCUUAGCGGUCUGGAGUACAAGUAGACCAAGGCCAAUAUUAGUUGCUUUCGAUAUCGCAAAUAAAUCAAUUACUGAUAUGUCUUGGAAUCCAGACGGCUCUUUAUUAUUUGUUGCGUCAUUAGACUCUUCAAUCACCUUGUUUAAAUUCGAAAAUAAUGAACUAGGCAAGCCAAUUCCUUUGGAAAAAAAUAUGGAGCAGUUAUAUAGGUACGGUGUUGACAAGGACUCAUUAGAUUUCCCUGAAAGUAUCAACCAACUGUUACUCGAAGAUCAGACAAAAUCAUUUAAGCAUACAAAAAUUUCAACAUCGAAACUAGGUGAAAACCACCCGACACUUGCAACAAAUUCAGCUUCAAAUCAAAAAGAUAACAAUGAUGCUUCUGUCUCUAGAAGUGAACAUAUAAAUAUCUUGAUUCCAAAGAGGAAAAAGGAUGCUAUACUGAAUAAAGCCGUAACUCUUAAAAGCGGUAAAAAGCGUGUGGCACCGACAUUGAUAUCGACUUCAUCAUCUUCUCCCUUUUCUAAUGGAAUCAAAAAGCCUACAUUGGAUAGUAAAAGGAUUGAAAAUAAUGUAAAAUCAUCCACCAAGACCAUUAACAGUAAAAAUACAUUGCUAAAUGUGCCAGAAGGCGUUGAAAAGAAAAUUAGUAUCUCAUCGUUCCCAUUGCCAAGGUUGGGCAUACAUUCUUUGAUUAUGGGUACAAAAGAAAGGAGUGCAUGGAAAAUCUCAAAUUCAGAGCUGGAGAAUGAUGAUGCAGAUAAUGCGGGUGGUAAGGGUUCAGAUGGUACGAGCAACAGUAUUGACGACAUUGCAGUUCUCUCAGAGGAAGAAAAUGACUUUCAUAGGAUGACUUUGAACGCCAAGCUAACCCAGGAGAAGAUCUGGAGCGAAGAGCCGACAACACGAUGCCUUCUGCAGUCCGAUGUCAUACCAGACACAGAUGUUGUCGUUCUUGAGGGGGGUAGUUUAGACGAUAUAGCCGUUUUAGAAAUAAGAAACGGUGUUGAGAGAUCAAUACAAUUUGAUUCUGAAGCACUUUUAGAUAAUCCUACCAGAAUCUUAGGCUAUCAAGGAGGUAAAAGAACCAUCGAGACCUUUAUUCCAGAAGUUAUCAUUUGUGCAAUAGGAUCAAAAGAUUGUAAGUGCUGGUGCCUAGCUUCAGCUAAUGGCUCUAUUUACAUACUUUCAUACAAUGGACAGCAGAGAAUCCCAAAAAUUUGCCUAGGACAUAAAGUUAUUAAAAUGGUAACAUCAAGCAAAUACCUCCUUGUUCUAACUGAAAGAGGUUUAUUUUUUGCAUGGGACUUGCUGGAUUUAAAAUUAGUACUGCGAAAUGUACCUAUAUUACCAAUUUUGAACGGUCAGCCAAUUCAUGGAAACAAGGUAAGAAUCAACAAGGUUAUUAAAUGCUUUCGUUUGGAUGGUUCUAGUUGUGAUUUGCUUUUAGAGGUUGGCGAUCCUAAAAAUGUGUAUAAAUGGACUAAGGAUCUGGGUUGUUGGUCGUUAUAUAAAUAA